CAACAUAUAAGAACUGUGACCUUUUAUCGCGGUUUAAUUGUUCCCCUUUUGAUAAGAUGAUGCCGACUUUAUUUUAAAACUAUUCACUGUAAUUUCAGACUCGUGUCUUCAAUUUAUUUCUAGUAUUACAGAAGUGGUAUGUUUAAAUAGGAAAUAAUUAUUUCAAAAAUAAUUAUUAAUUGCUCAUUUGUUCGAGGAAAUAAAUACCUGCGGAUCUUCAAAUGCAUUUUAAUUUUCGAAUUCCUAUUGGAUAAUAUAUUGGGGGAAAACAGUUGAUUCUCAACCAUCCGAAUGACGCAAGCACUAGAAGUUGAACAGUCCUCCGACAAAAGGCUUGAAGCCGAAGCGACUCGUCAAGAACCAGAAGAAUGUAUCACCCGGCAAGAAAUGCCACCUCCACUGCCACCUCCAAGAGAUUGGAAGAAAUUCUAUGUGAUCGUAUCUCUCACAUAUGCCAAUUUCUGGAUGGCCUCUGCUUUCUCUCUUCAAGCGCCGUUUUUCCCACGUGAAGCUGAAUCCAAAGGCGCCACACCGACACAGUAUGGCUUCGUCUUUAGUGUAUUCGAAUUAGUAAUAAUCAUUAUGUCACCCGUAUACGGCAAACUGAUUCCAAGAGUAUCGCCCAAGUUUCUCAUCACGUCUGGUGUACUAGUCGGUGGAAUCGCUUGUUGCGCUUUUGGGAGUUUGGAUUAUGUUCCUGCAGGGACGCCAUACAUCGCUUUAGCUUUCAUAGUUCGAAUAUUUGAAGGCUUUGGUGCUGCGUCUUUGAUGACAGCUUCUUUCACAAUUGUAGCAGCUACAUUUCCAGAUACAGUAGCAACCAGUUUCUCUCUAAUGGAAACUGCUUUUGGUCUUGGUUUAAUUGUUGGUCCUACUAUUGGUGGUGCUUUGUACCAGGUUGGUGGAUUUGUUACUCCAUUUGUUGUGAAUGGAGGUUUCCUUCUUUUAGGUUGCAUUAUUUUGGGUUUCUUACUGCCAAAAACAGAUGCUGAAAGGCCUAGUGGCUCACGAAAUUUGUGUGGGUUUUUGUUUGAUGGUGGUAUCAUAUCCUAUACAUUUUCCAUCAUCACAUGUUUGCUUUUCAUUGGAUUCAAUUCUGCAACUCUAGAACCUCAUCUCAGACAGUUCAAUCUAACUCCCGUUAUUCUUGGCGUAAUUUUUGUUAUCACUGGAGCAAUUUAUGCCUUGACAACGCCAAUAUGGGGAAAAAUCUGUGAUAUAGGGACCAAUCCAUUACUUAUUAAUGUUACUGGUUCAAUAAUGGUAUGCAUUGGUCUCCUUUUCAUUGGUCCUGUUCCAUUUUUACCAUUUAAUGCCACCAUAUGGACAGUAAUUGGCAGCCUCGUAGUCAUUGGGUUUGGUCUAUCAGCGAAGUUGGUGUCUUCUUUCGUUGGUGCGCUUCAAAACACCGUGUUAAGAGGGUUUCCAGAUAAUCUUGCUACGUACGGCAUGGUAUCGGCUCUCUUUUCAGUUUCUUGUUCUACAGGAGCUUUUAUCGGUCCAUCACUAGGAGGUCUCCUACUGGACACAACAGGCUACAGAAUGGGAACUGUCGUAAUAUUUGCUCUUGAAGCAGGUUUUCUUGGUUUACUGUUGUUGUAUAUUUUCUUUGGAGCUUUGAAAAAGAAAAACGAAAAAGAAGCUUGCGAAAGGGACGCACUUUUACCUCGCUCUGUUGCGCGGAGGUCAUACAGCUACUCAUCAGUAUGAAAACAGUCAACAUUGUAAAAACCCAACAAUAUACAGUGAUGGAAAUUUUCAUUGGCGCUGUGUGCUUAUGAUUGCUGGUUUCCUCUCGUAAAUAUAUAAUAAUGUUGUAAAUUUUUAAUGAGGUAAAAUGUUGCGAUAUGUUGCGUUUUUAUGAACUUCUGUUUUUAGUAUUUUCAUUUAAAAUAUUCAUAAAGUUCUCUAAAGAGAUAGAAGUCAAUUGUAUUUUCUCUUUUUAAAAAUAAUUGUUUUAUAAAGAUCUUUAAGAACAAAAUAAAGUACAAAUUUUUGUAAAACUUUUUUUGGGGUGUUUGUACAAUUAUUUUAAGAAUAGAAAGCAUUGUUUCUGAGUAUUUAAAAAGAAAUUGUAACGUUGUUUUAAAAUAAAGUUGGAUGAGAUCUUUUAAUUUACUUUUGUUUCAUAUUGAGUCAUUAAUGAUAUUAAAAAUAUUUACUGCCGUAUUAUUAUUUCUGUUGAUUAACUUAUGAGAAAUAUUAGUACACGACAAACUCCAAUCUGAGAAGAUACGAAGCCUGAUACUUUCGAGAAAGUAUUAUAUAUGAAUAUUGUAUAAAUUGUAAUUCUAUCAUCUCUCCAGAAAUUAUCUUAAGAUGGCAUUUUAUAUUUU